AUGGCGGUCGCAUCGCAUAAGACUGUGGCAUCUCUGAUGCGCAAAACAAUCGACAGACAAGCCUCUGUGAAACGUAUGAAGAUUAGUUUUAAGAAAAAUCAAAUUGAGCAGAUUCUACUGAGCUACAUAAAUGAUGGAAACUGUGGACCUUAUAAUGAAUUGAUAAAAGUUUUAAAAGAGUCUCCAUUGAAUGAUGAUAAUUUUAGAAUUUUGUUUGAAGACUGUUUAUCUUUAGUUGUAUUACUGGGUAGAGAUUCGAAGCCAUUUCUUGAUGCCCUGUAUUGUGUUGAGUGGGCAAGUAGGGAUGAGAGCUUAGUGGAGAUUUUCAGCAGAUUUGUUUUAAGCCUGGUUACUGCUCAUACCUACCACUGCCCUAAACUUAUGUCUUCAUUAAUUAAAUUAUUUAAAAAUGAUGGUGAAAAUUGGGAUGGCGAACCGUCUUCAGAGUUGAUGUCACAAUGGUCAAACAUUCAUACAAUAAUCGCACAAAUUGUUGCUGUAAUGCCAAUGACUAGCAGUCUUCUCAUGAAAACAGUUAUUGAACAGUUUCCCUACUACAAAGUUGGCUGCUUUGCAAACAGAGCCUACGUUCACAACUUAAUAUGGAUGACCAAAUACAUACCUUCGCUUAAAGAACAGAUCAUAACGGCUAUUGUUACCAAGAUGGUAGAUAUGGAUGCCAACAGUGUUGAUCGAGAAAAGAAUAAAAUUCAAGAUGCAAUCUUUGAUAUGGAUGUUGACGAGAAAGAUGAAGUUAGUGAAACACUCGACUAUUGUAUGUUAGAAAUAUUAAACUGGCUGGAGGAUGAACGAGACCCAGCACUUAACAUUAUGUGCAAUGUGUUUGAAAGAGUUAUUUUACCAACUCAUGGUAUAAGACAUGUUCAAUUCCUCCUACUAUACACAAUAUCUAUAAACCAACAAUGUGCCGAUCGUGUAUUCACAAAUUUGUGGGUAGUGGCUGCUGGCUUACAUGGACUCGGACCUGGGGCUUUGGCAACACGGAGAACAGCAGCCAGUCACUUGGCAGGAUUGUUAGCAAGAUGUGUCCGAGUCCCAAACUCUAGAUUAAUACAUUAUUUAAAAACCAUGGCAGAAUGGUGCCAUUCAUACAUAACGGCAACACAGGAAUCUACUGUGGCUGACAACACUAAGGUGCAUGGGGCAUUCCAUGCGAUAUGCCAUGCUAUCUUUUAUUUAGUUGCGUUUAAAAAUCAUUACCUGUUUAUGAGUAAAGAAAGUUUAAAUUUUGUCGAAUCAUUAAACCUACCACGUCUAGUAACUUGCACACUAAAUCCUCUAAAAACAUGUCCCCCUCAAGUGACCAGAGCGUUUUCAUCAGUAACAAGAUCUCACCAAGUUGUCUACUGUCAAGCGAUCAUAGAGAAAAAUUCAAGGUUAACUCUACAGAAUACGGUUCAGAAAUAUGAUGAGUGGUUUCCAUAUGAUCCAUAUACAUUGCCUGUGUCUGGUAAAAUAAUUUGGCCAUUGUGUAUGGAAUACAAGGAUGUCUUUAAAAACGGGGACGAUGAGAAUCAAUAUACAAGUUUAAAGAGAAAAUUAGAAGCUGAGGACGAUGACUAUUUAAUACCAAGCCCCUCUCAAAGAGUGCAUUCUUUGUCGAAUUGUAUAUCACCAGGAUUUAAAACAAGUGAAAGUAUAUUAUUGAUGUAGAACUUAUAUUAAGUAAAUGUGAAAUAAUUAAUCAUAAUAACAAGAGACAUAAUUGCUAGCACCUAGAAAUACAAAUGCUGCAUUUGAGCUAAUCUAAUUUUUGAUAUAUUUAUUUGUGUAAAUGGCUUUUUUGAGACUAUCUUUUUGAUAAAUUUGGCAAAUAAUUGUCAUGUAAUACUUUGUAUUAUCUGCUACUUACGACCCGCCCCAGCUUUGCACGGCUGCAAAAACUAUUAGUGUUCCUCUACUAUAUUAUACAUGCAUUACAUCUAAACCUUC